UUUAGGAUACUCUAGUGGUCCAACUAAUCCAAAAACCUCAAUGAGAGUCAAACGUAGACCAACCAUGGGGCAUGGUUUAGAUGAUUAUGCAAAAAGAAACGGAGGGAGGAAGAUGAAGAUUGAUUUCUCAGCUGGCAGAGUGAGGCCUCUUGACCCUGUACAAGCAGCCAAGCUUUCUUCUCAGUGUGGUGUACAUGUCCGCAGCAACAUCAUGCAUGUUGCUACACAUUGGAAUGAUUAUAGCAAAAAAGGCCUAGACCAUCAUAUUCCUAAAGCUAUUGGUCAUGUUGUGAAAAACUUUGAAAUGGAUCCAAAAGAGGAGGUGUCCAGAGGUGUAUGCACAAAGAUACUCCAGAAGGGUGUUCGACAACAACGAUACAUAUUGAAGAGGGAUUAUUUUAUGGGUCGUACCCGUGAAGAAGCAUUAUCUCGUAAGCCACCCAAAGUUGGUCAACGAAAUUGGGAAGCUCUUGUUGACAAAUGGUCAGAUGAAAGGAACAAGGAAAUAUGUGCCAAGAACAAGAAGAACCGAGAAGCUGUGAAGCAUCACCAAACUACAGGCUCUAGGUCUUAUCCUUCUCAUUUCCACCAACUUAAAAAAGACAAGUACAACAAUGAGGACCCUAGUCCCAUUGAGUUUUUCAAAGAAACCCAUACCAAUAGGAAGACGGGAUGCAUGAGCACCGCUGCCCUUGAAGCUUAUACUGAUAUGGAAACGAAAAGGAAUGAAGCAGAAAGAGAAGAUGAGCAACCAGUGUCUAGUACACAUAUUGUGGCGCAAGUUCUCAAAGAGCACAGCUCCUCAAGCACCUUCCUUUCAACCAUGGAGUACCAAUCAAGAUCUGGGAGGUCUAGGACAUCAGCUUCUGAAGAACGCGUCCGAGAGUUAGAAGAAAAGGUUGAACAACAGAAGAGAGAGGCACUAGAUGCAAAUGCGAUGUACCAACAACAGUUAAUCGAGAGAGGUGAAACGCAAGAGGCUGCACUUGAAGAGAUGCAAAGGAAGCAACAAGAAGAAUUGUCGGCUAUGAAGAAGAGCCAAGAAGAAAAGAAUAAAGCAUAUGAAAAGAAGCAACAGGAACAAGACAACCUUAUUAGCUUCCUCUUACGUAAGCAUGCUACCCAGAACUGACACCAUACAUGAUGGUGCACGGAAGCUACAUUAGAUGGUGCUGCUAUUCUACGAUCCUUAGUUUGCUCGUCCUUAGUUAUGUCAAUUUUAUAGUGCUUAACUUGUUUAGUUCUGUAAUAGGAUAAUUGGCUGUGAGAUUAUAUUUGCUUGUGACGUA